AUGUCUGAAUUAAUUCUGGUUUAUCCAAAUAUUAAAUUAUUGGCGUUAGGAAAAAGGAAAACAGGUAUUGAUUCUCGAGUACCGAAUGGGUCUUUAUUAUCAUUGAGGACAUUUUAUGCAUUUGGAGCUCGUAGUGGACGAACUCCUUUGUUGCAAAGGUCCUUAUCACAUAAUCCGCAUGGCAAUAGUUUAUGCACAAAAGCGCUGCAGCAACCUAUGGAAAAGAAUAUCACCAUUCAGCGUUCUUCCACGGCAUCCUCGAUACAUAGUCCAAAACGUAGUAUAACUUAUUAUAAUCGACACUACAUUACGUUAUUCUCCGAUAUUUCCAAACCGUAUUCAAGCGCAAUUAUCAAUACCCGAAACUCGUGCCAUACCGAAAAUGACACUGGAUCGAAACGGUGUGAGCAACCGGUAAAUGUAGUUGCUGUUCCGGAAAUUAAAACUGAAACGUCAAAACCUCUGGAGAAUUCUGCAGAAAUGAUUGCUUUACUAGAAAAAAAUAAGUCGUUGGAGGCGGAAGUGAAACGAUUGACUUUAAAGCUUAGGGAAAAAGAACGCUCAGAAAGGGAAUUCAAAAGUGAACCAAAGGGUAAUGAAAAGGAAAUUAGCGAUAUUAUGGAACAACUGAACAAUGCAGCCGAAAAACUAACUCGUUUGGAUGCUGUUAAAGAUCUCAAACUCUUACAAAGCGAGAUGGAAACAGCGCUGAAAGAGAUUAGUAAAUAAUUACCAUGAAAUUACGAAAUUGAAAUAUUGUCACUACCCAUUGAACUACCUUUGUAAAUUUGUAUUUCGGAGUUCACUAUGCACUUGCAUCUUUUCGAUGUGAUCUUUCAUAACGCUUGAAGUAAAGUGAAGCUUGACUGGACUAUGUUUUGGAACCAAUCUUUUAAUUUCACUUGGUCUUUAAAUAUUCA